CACGAUUUUUUUCUUUUACUCAAGUUUACAGUUCUCCACGCUGGACGGGAUACAAUCAAUGCGCCGUUACACAAAUACACUGCAUAAACUUAAUUAAACGGCGAAUCUCAAGCUUCGAUUAAGGAGUAAUUAGUGUGAAAACUAUCGGGUUUGUGUAGACAGAAGAUCAUGCUAAAUCCGGCUAACGGGGACCCGGUCCAAGUCGUUACAAAUUAUGUGGAAGAAUAUUUGGACUUGGUCGAAUCACUGCCUUUUGACCUACAGAGGAGCGUGUCUCUUAUGAAGGAAAUUGAUGCAAAGUAUCAAGAUGUCUUGCAGGAGUUGGAUGACGCUUACGAGCGCUACCGUCGCGAGUCCGACCCGAACCACCGGCGUAGAUUGCAGCUGUCCAUCCAGAGAGCUCUUAUCCGCAGCCAAGAGCUGGGAGAUGAGAAGAUCCAGAUUGCUGGGCAGAUGGUGGAGUUGGUGGAGAACCGUAGCCGACAGGUGGACUGGCAUUCUGAGCUCCUCCGUGCUUCCCAGGAGAUCCCGGAAACCCAUGUUCCUACAGCAACGGCCGUGACAACAACUGCAACCUCCAUGAUGUCGCCAUCAGCUGCAACAACUACACCUGGAAAAACGGGGCACCACGACAAGAGGCGCGAAGAGGCAACGCCCAGCUCCGUCGGCGGCGGGGAGAAGUCCGGCGGGAAACGCUCACGGCGGCAGAAGAACGGAGAGAGCAGGGAGAGCUACGGAGGCAUGGAUCACGGUGAUGAGGCUGGCGUGGGGGCAUCCAGGGAAAAGAGGGCCAAAACGUCUUCAUCAUCUUCCAAGAAAAAGAAAAGGUCAAAGGGCAAGUCGGAGCGGGAGGUGUCACCCCCUGACCUCCCGAUCGACCCAGACGAGCCGACCUACUGCCUGUGCGAACAGGUGUCCUAUGGGGAGAUGAUUGGGUGUGACAACGACGAGUGCCCCAUCGAGUGGUUCCACUUCUCCUGCGUUGGGCUGCAUCACAAGCCCAAGGGCAAGUGGUUCUGUCCCAAAUGCCGAGGUGAGAACGAGAAGACAAUGGACAAGGCCCUGGAGAGGGCCAAGAAGGACAGGGCGUACAACAGGUAGCUGUUCUACUCGGCCCAGUGGACAGUGUUUGUGGUCAUGUUACACUUUUUUUUAUUUCUUUUUUUUUUUUUUUCUACUCCCAUUUAUGUAUCAAUGUUUGGAGAACGAAAAAUCGGAUAGAGGGACUUUUGUUUUUAUUGUGAGAAAAUGCUGUUGAUGUUAAAUACUGUUUCAGGACCACUGGUUUGCAGGAGCUAUAAUGUAAUACAGAUUCUUGUAUUAUAGUCACACCAAUGAGUAUUGGAGACGCUGCCCGCAUCAUGCAUGCAACCAUACUACUCCUCUGGAAUAACAAAUGGAACAUUUCAACCAAGUUUGCGUGCUAACAGUAAUUUUAAACGUGUAUUAGACAAGGGGGUGCUUACAGCUAAGAAGGCGUCGUGCAUUAUCUGUUAAACUGUCUUUUCAUUUAUUUGGUUAUGUGUAGAUGGGAUACAGCCUGUGUCUAAUGUCAAAUAUAUUUUAUUAUGGAUGACCCUGACCUCGAACUGUAACCUUGUUCUCCAAACCGGCUGUGUUAUGUCUCCUAAUAUGGCUGUGAAAAGGCGAUUUGGACGGAAGUUCUUCAAAAGCUUGGAACUGCGCAGCUGGCAGUAGUCAUUGCAGUGUUUAACAGCCAUGUUUGACUGUUUCUACGAUGCGUGUGGUGAAUCUGUAGGUGUGAGGAUUUUGGUCAACUCACUCGUAUUGUGUAUUAUUGUGAAAAGUGCUAACUUAAAUGCAUCAUUCCCACAGGCCAUUGAAUGUGUUUGUUCAAAUGGUAGUGUUCUCUAAGGCCUUGUCAUGUAUAUUCUGAAAUCCUUUGGUCUCUUACCAAGAGUUUCUGCUAAUGACAACUAUCCCACCCUCUGCCCUUUGCACGCUGCCAGUCUGUGCUUAUUGUCAGUCAAAAAUAGCAAACCAACAACUCACAUGUUAUACCAGGUGUCAUUUAGUUGUUUUUUAUACCGCUACUCUGAGGCCAUGCUUGUGGAUGUCUGAAAAUGUGUUAUGUUCAAGGCUAAGUUUAUGCAUUAGGUGAUUAAAAUGCUUCAUGUCACAUGAUGUAAUGUUAUAUUGUAUCUGAUGUCAUCAGAUAACCUGGGAUGUUAGCCACAUGGCAAGGAUUUUUUUCAGUUUUAGAAAAUUAUUACAAAAAGAGGUUCUGAUCGGAUCAACUACGAUGCAGCAUUGUACCAUGUGACAAGGAAUCGACCAUUUUAGUUGGCUGAUGUUUAAAUUGAAAUGUUCACACUGUUUUGGGAAUUUCAAUUAGAAGUUUUGUAUAGAGUUCUUUGCCAAUAAAUCACAUGUUCUCAUUAAGUUU